AUGGACCCCGGCCGCCGUGAUAUGAUAGAGAACCAGGGGUCCUUCAAGAACAGAAGCGCCACGGCUCCACGAUUUGACCCAAACAAUCGCGCCAGAAAAGCCACGCGACCAGACACACACUCCAAGACAGCUCAGAAGACGGCAAAAUACCUGUCGCAGGACGAGCAGUCCCGCCAGUUCGUGGCCGACGAGGACAAGUUUGUCCUCAAGCAGUCCAAGAAGAAAGCCGACAUCCGGGUGCGCGAAGGACGAGCGAAGCCCAUCGACCACCUUGCCUUCAACCUGCGAUACAUUGAAUCCGAACGCGACGUGUUCGACGACGAUGAUGGCGACAUUGACAUCGAGCUUCAGGCCCCUGCCACUGUCGUUGAAAACCUCGGCGUGGAUCAGCUCAAUGAGUUGCAGGCCGACAUCGGCACGCUCCUAGUUCUCGAGACAGACGCGACGAAUAGGAAAUACUGGGAGGCUCUUCAAACACUGUGUGGAGACCGAAAGUCCAAACUCGAUCCUCAAGGCCGUGAAGAUCGAGUUUUGCACAGCGUCGCCGAGGACAUUGACAGGAUCCUGAGCCCCAAGACGUACGAUCAGCUCGAGGCACUGGAGAAGCAGAUCAGGGCAAAGCUGCGGUCCAACGAGAACAUCGAUGCCGACUACUGGGAACAAUUAUUGUGCAAACUUUUCGUCUGCAAGAGCAAGGCGACACUCACGCGCAUCUUCCAGGCCGCCUCUGAGGCAAGGGCUAAACUCUUUCAUGAGCAGCGACGAAACCCAGAUCAGCCUCAGUCUCAGCCUAUCGCCUCGGACUCCCAUUCGACCGAUGCUGUUGCUCCAGGCGGAGCUCAGCCGUCAGGCAACGAGGACGCGUCUCAGGUGACAAAGGCUCUCUACGACAGAGAGGCUGCGCGGGGUAUUUCUGAGAAUGAAGAGAUUUUCACGGCCGAGGAAGCUGUCCCUAGCAGUGUGAAGCCGCAGUGGACAGAAAAGUACAGAGCGCGGAAGCCUCGAUACUUCAACAGGGUGCAGAUGGGCUACGAGUGGAACAAGUACAACCAGACGCACUACGAUCACGACAAUCCACCUCCCAAGGUCGUCCAAGGGUACAAGUUCAACAUUUUCUACCCGGAUCUGAUCGACGUGACAAAGGCUCCGACCUUUAAAAUCAUUCGAGAGCAUGGACGCAGACGGGGAGAGUCCCAUGCUGCGGCUGGUGAGGCAGAUACGUGCCUCAUCCACUUCAUCGCAGGGCCCCCAUAUGAGGACAUUGCCUUUCGCAUCGUAGACCGCGAAUGGGACUAUAGCGCCAAGAGGGACCGCGGAUUCAGAAGCACCUUUGACAAGGGAAUUCUCCAGCUUCAUUUCCAGUUCAAGAAAAUUUUCUAUCGAAAGUAG